AUGAAGUUUAAGUUCUGUGGUGACUUGGAUUGCCCUGAUUGGCUUUUGGCUGAAAUCAGCAACCUCUCCAAAAUCUCGUCAGUCAAAUUGAAGCUGAUCUGCAAUCAAGCAGUAAAGCUUCUAACUAACGAUGACACAUUUGACUCAGAAAAGGUAGAAAAACACUUGAGUGAUUCGAAAUUAAACAGCGAAGAUGACAUCAAAGGAAUUCUGGCGGCCAUUUUGUUUCUCCUCAAAGGAGCAAUCGCAAACCAAGUUCAAAAUGAAGAGUUCGUCAGUGAAAUGCAGCAACUUGGAUUGCCGAAAGAACAUUCGGUUGUUUUAGGAAAGGCGCAACAGUCAAGUGUAGAUCCUAUUCUGAAAAGCUUAAGAGAAAACAGCCUCCGGAUGAAUAAAGUCGUCAAGUGCGAUGCAAAGCCUAACUUCUAUCUUGUAGAAACUUCUGAAUCGAACGAAUGGGGAAAUAAGGCUAUCCAAUGCGACUCAGUGUUGGUUGAAAUUUCGACGUCUAAUUGUACGAACUCAGAAGACGAGAAAGUGUCGUUCAAUGUCGAGAAGGAAAGACUGAAUUUACUUAUUUAUGAACUGAAAAUGGCCCAAAAUAUAGCUAAUAGAUUUUCAGAAUAAACAAAAAUUAAAUUUCAGUUUGGAAGAGUUUAUUUUUAUACUGUGUAUAAUUUUCAUUUAAACAUAUCGUAAUGCAAUCUUCAUUUUUCUCA